GGCUGGGCUUUGAGAGCCCGGGCUCGAGAGCCUUCGCCGGAUGGUUCCUCUCGCCUCUGGCUCGCGCCCCCCCCAGCUGGGAGGAAGAGGAGGAGGAGGAGGAAGAAGAAGAAAAGGAGGAGAAGCCCAGGGCUUCGUUUCCGACUCGGGCGAGGAAUUUGGCUGCAAGGUCACCGCUCCUUUCGCCCGCGUUGCUGCUGCUGCUGCUGAGAGACUGGCUUGUAAGUAAGAAGAAUCAGUAGCUGCACCUCAGCCGGUGUGAGUGCAUUCUGAGAAGAAUUCAGAAUUCAGACCAUCGCCACGUGAAGCUGAGUGUAGCUACUCAUCGCACUCCCAUGGGGACUGUCCCUGAUCCCCUGAGAUCUGCCAAGCUUGCAUUGAUUCCAGCCUCUGAAGAAGAAAACGGCCUAGAAGAGCUUAAAUCCCCAAAACACCAGCAGAAGCAAGCAAGCAUAGAGAGAAGUAGUAAUGGAUAUCCUUUCAGUGCCAAGGUGCAGCCAGCUGGAGAGCACUCAUUUGACAUGAACCAUGGGACAGAAGCCAGCAUGCCAAGGGGUGAGCAUCACUGUGGGUGUGACAUUAGCAAAUCACCCGUAUUUUCUCCUGGGUCCUCCAGCCUCUCCAAAGAAGACCGUCUAGCAGCAGCAGAACCAGUAAAAAACUCUAGACAGGAAGGAAACAAUGGCUGUAAUGCAAAAAAACAGGCCUUAACGGAUAGUCAUAUUUUGAUGAACACUGCAAUCAAGGAUCCUAGUGCCCAGGAGGAUUGUAAAAUUGUGCAGAGUGGUACCGGAGGGCCACUUUGUAGCCAAGUUGAUGAUAAGACAAUUCCUUCCUCUGGAGGAGUUGGUGGUGUAAUGGAGAAUAAAACCCAUAAUAACAAUUCUUCUUUGCUUCCCACUCCUCAAGGUGCCCAGCAAGUAGCUCCUACAGCAAAGGAAACUGUGACUGGAAGCAGUGAUCUUGAGAAAACUCAAGUACCACCGUUGGCAAAAGAAAUGGGACUCGUAUCCGAUCAUGGUCUAAAGGCUAACGUUUGCUUAGAUGCAGAAUUGAGGGAUACAAAGAACGCAAGUUCCUAUCCCAGUGUUAGAACUGUGCAGGAGCCUCUCCCCAAAUCAAACCUUGAGCGUUCUCCCCAGACUUUGUCCCACAAUGAGACUGCAGAGGAGGUCUUGCCAGAGGUCUUGAAAUUCAAAGACACCGGUACAAUGACAGUGCAGCCUGAAAGCAGGCCAGCGGAGGGGGAGACAAUAAGCAGGAGCCUCCAAGAUGCAGAGGUCCAGGCAGUGGCCAGUGUGGAAAGCAGAUCGGCUUCCACCAGUCCGAGUAUCUUAGCUGCAUUCCUAAGAGAAAACAUGCCUUCUGAGGCAAAGCAGAAGCAAGAGCAGUUGCACAUUAUUUAUAGAGGUGCCAGCGGGAAAGAGCACUCAGAAAUCAUGGAUAACCUUGCGGUACUUGGCCAAACAGCUCCGUCCACUGGCAUCCUGCCCAAAGUGCGUAUUCAGGCACCAGCUGGAGCGGAGAAAUGGUCGGGAGCGCAGGCUGUCACACUUCAAGUUGACCUAGCAGGAAAGCAGGAUGCAGCCUGCUUGUCUUUGCUAGACAACUCAGAGCAUCCGUGCCCAGCAGCAUCUGGCAGUACUCAAGAAAUAUCGGUCAAGGGGAUGGAAGUACAAAUAGCAGAUGGGGCUAGAAGCCCUGGCAGCAUUGCCCAGCAACUGUUGGACCCUUCAGCUUUGCAGAACACAAAACCUGUUUGCCAAAUUUCUGCCCAUGCAAGUGAUCAGCCUGUGGUUCCCCCACAGCCUGCAAACCUUGAGACUAAGCUACCUCCAUGUUCUGCUCUCUCGGAAAUCAGUAGUAAGCAUCAGAACCUUGGCCCCUCUGCUACAGAAAAUCAGCUGGCCCCUUUAUCGUGUCCCAGAGUAUUAGAAUUGGCCAAACCUCUAGUCACCAAUGCUACUGAAAGUAAUCAGCAGAACCAGCCGCAGAUCAAGACUCUUGGUGAUGUUGAGAUGGGCCCAACUGGUUUCCACGUGGGUGCAAAAUCAAAAACAGAAGGGACAGUUAUCCAUUUUGGUCCUAAGGAACAGAAGAUGAAUGCUAUAGGAGUUCCUGCUGGGCCCCAAACCGUGGGUGUUCCAGUCACAUUACAGACAGGUCAGGAUAUAUCUCCAGGCGAUAACCGAGAGGUGGAAGCCUUACCUGGUCAGAAAUUGGCUGCUGGGAGACCAGAAUCUGAGUUGAGUAGCAAUUCUGCCCUUGGUCUGCUAGCUAAAAUCGGCGCGAAGGGGAAAGAAUCAAAACUUGCUGUACCAGCAGCGGGUUCUUCCGUCCAACCUGUGCCAAGCCCCUGUAAGAAGAAGAAAGAAAUUAAGCCUGUCCCGUUCACUAAAGGGCACGUGAAGCAGUCCAAGCACGUCAGGGAUGUUGUGUGGGACGAGCAAGGCAUGACCUGGGAGGUGUACGGAGCAUCUCUUGACCCAGAAUCCUUGGGGGUUGCUAUCCAGAACCACCUGCAGAGGCAGAUCAGAGAACAUGAAAAACUCAUUAAAGCCCAAAGCGCCCAGACCCGUAAAUCCAUUUCUUCAGAUACAUCCUCAAAUAAAAAACUUAAAGGGAGGCAGCACAACGUUUUCCGAUCCAUGUUGCAGAAUUUUCGGCGCCCGAAUUGUUGUGUUCGCCCUACGGCUUCUUCUGUGUUAGACUGAAAAAGGUGGGGAGGUGGGGGAGAGGGGAGGCGAUGUACAUCUUUGUCUAGCCAUCUGUAUAUGUGCACACAAGACAACCCUAGAAUAUAAGACUUGAAGCUCAGCUUUGUUGUGUGAGAUUCCGAUACAGCAAUGGGAGGAAGCGUUUUAUUCCCAAUAAGUCGUCACCUCCUAUCUUUCUAAUGUUUUUGCAAAGGGUACAUACUUCUUUUAUGUUUCCGCAGACGUCCCUGACCCCUGUCAGCUGCCAGGUAAAAAUAGGCAAUGAAGCACAACUUAAAAAUGACCAGCUUACGACAACCAUCUGUGACAAUUUGAGAUGUGGAAGAAAGAGAGGACAAAAAGGCCCUUUAAAAAAUAUAUAUAUAUUGUUAUGUGACUAUAAUGAAAACUUCAACAGUUAUAUGGUCAUGUAGCAAAUAUUCCAAAACUUAUGAAAAUAUACGUGUAUGUGAAUAUGUAUAUAUAUAUAUCUGUUCAUAUGUAUGUAUGUUAUAUAAUCUUAUGGGCAUAUAUAAGAUACAUACAUUUUAUUCAUAUAUAAAAAUUUCUGAGUUGGAUUGAUAUGGAAAGAGAAUUCUCUUUCCCCGCCCCCCUUAAAUUUAAAAACUUUUGGAGAUACCUUUAAAGAGAUGCAAGAGGAGACAUGAUUGCAAGCUUUAUUUGUUCUAACAGAAUAUAACUUAAAGUGCAAGGUUCAUCCAGAGGAAGAAUUUCAGAGAAAGUUCACCCCUCUGCCUCAUUCCUUAAAGGGAUCUGGAAUUCUUCUGCCAAUACACAGUUGUGUUGUUCCAAAAGCCCUCUCUCUCUUUCUAUAGGUCUUUGGAAGCCUCUGGCAGGCCUGGCACCAUAGAAGUGCUUAGAACUGGAUCACGAGGGACUUGGAAUUUAAAGCUCCAGAUUUCAAUGGGUGUCAAAUUUCCUUUCAAGAAUCUUUGGACUCCUGUGUGAGAUUUCGACUGUUAUUUGUUCUUUAAUGCACUUCGUUUUGUUUCAGCGAGUAGUCUUUUUUUAAUGCUUUCCUUUUGAAGAAUUUCUUCCAUAUUAUGUAGUAGUGGAAGCAUAUGGAAAUGUAGAGGGGAUUAAGAAUAUCAUGUAGCCUUUCAUGUACGCAUACAUAAAUUUUCAGCCUAUAAGAAGGAAGCGGCAGAAGUGUGCCUAAGGCAAACGCUUCUUGUGCUGAAGUCCUGCUGGUUGCCCAUCUUGGCUAAGAAAAAAAUAAUAAUCAUAUGGGUAGAAACAUGUUAAAACCACUGUACUGAGAUUCAUGAAGCCAUUGAUUAAAUAUCAUGCAGAGCA